AUGAUGCAGGAGCACAAGUCGUUCCUUAUCAGGGACCUGUUGGGAGACGUCCUGGCCAAUCGCAUGCAAGACGAUUCCGAGGACGACUCGGCGAUGCACUCGGAUUCCGAGGACACGAUCGACCCUGGGAGCAGUCCGUGCACCAGGUUAGGCAGUCCACCCCCGACUCUCUCCCCACCUCCUGGAACGGCCACCUCUGAGAAAUCCUGCAACACUUCCACCGGGACUCCUGGAUGUCGGAAGCCUCGAAGGAGACGUACGGCAUUCACGCAUGCACAGCUCGCCUACCUCGAGAGGAAAUUUCGUUGUCAGAAAUAUUUGAGCGUCGCGGACCGCAGCGACGUGGCCGACGCUCUUUCCUUGUCGGAGACUCAAGUCAAAACUUGGUACCAGAACCGAAGGACGAAGUGGAAACGGCAGAACCAGCUCAGACUGGAGCAGCUCCGUCAUCAAGCGACGGUGGAGAAGGAGCUUCUCGUGCGAGGAGUCGGUCUUCAUCACGGGAGUAUAGACGCCUACUGUCCACCCUACUCGCAGACACCGACGUCGUCGCAUCCACCUCCACCAACGCCGCCAGCGGCUCCGUCUUCGGCCUCCACAGCGGCGUUCCUCUCCACGGCCGCGGCCCUCUUCCGGAACGUCACCUACGUCCACGGCUGCCCUCUUUAA